UGAAACCAUUUCAGUUCCCCACUCUUUUGAGUAGACAAUAAACAAUACACCAUACGAUGAUGCACCGCGUUCUUCACCGCAGCUUGUGUACCAUAACAGAAUCAACCACCACCACCAGCAUCAAAUCCAUUUCACAGGACCUCUACAAGGAAGUGAACCUCAAAACCCUCGUUGAAAAAUUCAAGAAAGCUUGCGAAAUCGACCGCUUCCGUAAAAAAACCGGCAUCUACGAAGACACCGUCCGCCGCCUCGCCGGAGCUAAACGGUUCCGAUGGGUCCGUGACAUUAUCGAACACCAGAAGAAUUACUCAGACAUAUCCAAUGAAGGUUUUUCAGCGCGACUCAUCACACUAUACGGGAAAUCAGGAAUGCACAGACACGCACACAAACUGUUUGAUGAAAUGCCUCAGAAAAACUGUGACCGUACAGUGCUCUCUCUCAAUGCUCUCUUGGCUGCUUACCUUCAUUCCAAGAAAUUUGAUGUCGUUGAACAACUUUUUAAGGAUCUUCCUGUUCAGCUCUCUGUGAAACCUGAUUUGGUUUCUUACAACACUUUCAUUAAGGCGUUGUUGGAAAAGGGUUCAUUUGAAUCCGCUGUUUCAGUGGUUGAGGAAAUGGAGAAGAAUGGUGUGAACACUGAUCUGAUCACGUUUAAUACUUUGCUCGAUGGGCUGUACUCAAAGGGUCGUUUUGAGGAUGGUGAGAAACUGUGGGAAAAAUUGGGUGAGAAGAAUGUUGUUCCUGAUAUCAGGACUUACAAUGCAAGGUUGUUGGGAUUGGCUGUGGUGAAGAAAACUGGUGAAGCUAUUGAGUUCUUUGAGGAAAUGAAGAAAAAGGGUGUCAAGCCUGAUCUUUUUAGCCUCAAUGCUUUGAUCAAAGGGUUUGUAAAUGAAGGGAACUUGGAUGAAGCUAAGAAAUGGUAUGAUGCAGUUGGAAAAUCUGAGUAUGACCCUAAUAAGGCCACUUAUGCUAUCAUUGUUCCUUUUCUGUGUGAGAAGGGUGAUUUGAAGACGGCCCUUGAGAUGGUUAAGGAGAUUUUUAACAAUCGCUGCCGUGUUGAUGCGUCGUUGCUGCAGCUUGUGGUGGACAAACUGGUGAGUGAGUCGAUGGUUACAGAGGCCAAGGAGAUUGUGGAACGAGGGAAAACCAAUAGUUCCGGUCGCUAUAAGCUAAAUUUGCCAGGAGAUGAGUGAGUAGUAACUUAUGUUUUGUUGUGUCCAUUAUUAUUAAUUUUGAACUUUAUAUGUUUUAUUUACUAGAGUCAUAAUGGUAAAUUGGCAAUUGCCAACAUGAAUGUAUCUUGUUUGGCUCUCUGAGCUUUGUAACUGAUUGCUUGAAAACGCCAUUUUGCUGUCUGAUUACUGUUUCUUUUUCUUGUUGAAUAGCAGCCCUUAAACUUUUCCCCCAACAAUAUUUUUUUCUUCUUUUUA